AUUAAAGCACCGAUUCUCAAAAAAAUAAAAACAAUUAAAGCCCCAACGACCAAAAUAUUUAUUCUCAAGUUCUCUAUUCUUUGGAUAUAAAAGGUAACAUGACAGUGAUCUCAUUCCAUGCAUCACAUUCUUCCAACCCCUUCUAAUCCUCUAACAAUUAUCUCUCUCUUUAGAAUCCUCACCACUUUCUUCACUAAACUAUGGCUUCCCAAGAUGAGCUUCACCAACCCAUAUUAAACUCCGACCACUCAGCACCACAAGAACAAGAGCAAGAACACAUAUCUUCGCCUGUGCUUCAUGAAGUAGACUCUCGGCUAGAGAAGGUGUUAACGGAUACCCAGUUACCGAGAAUCAAGCGCCUCCGUUUGGCCACAUGGAUCGAACUCAAGCUGCUCUUCCGCCUCGCCGCCCCGGCUGUGUUUGUUUACAUGAUCAACAAUUUCAUGUCUUUGUCCACACGAGUUUUUGCAGGUCACCUUGGCAAUCUUGAGCUCGCCGCUGCCUCUCUUGGCAACAGUGGCAUCCAACUCUUGGCCUAUGGACUCAUGUUAGGUAUGGGAAGCGCGGUAGAAACUCUAUGUGGACAAGCUUAUGGAGCCCACAGAUAUGAAAUGCUAGGAGUAUAUCUACAAAGAUCAACGGUUGUCCUUACUCUAACUGGGAUACCCAUGACUGUGGUCUACGUAUUAUCAGAGCCAAUCUUACUCUUACUAGGUGAAUCAACGGCUGUGGCAUCUUCAGCUGCAGUUUUUGUCUAUGGUCUAAUCCCACAAAUUUUUGCUUAUGCUGUGAACUUUCCCAUACAAAAAUUCCUCCAGUCUCAAAGCAUUGUAGCCCCAAGUGCAUACAUAUCUGCCGCUACACUUGUGGUACACUUAUUGAUAAGUUGGUUGGCCGUGUACAAAUUGGGAUUGGGAUUGAUUGGUGCAUCAUUGGCUUUGAGCUUAUCGUGGUGGAUCAUAGUGGUGGCUCAGUUUGUGUAUAUUUUGAUGAGUAGUAAGUGUAAGCACACUUGGACUGGUUUUAGCUUGCAGGCCUUUUCUGGGCUUUGGGAGUUCUUGAAAUUGUCAACUGCAUCGGCUGUGAUGCUGUGUUUAGAGACUUGGUACUUUCAGAUACUAGUUUUGGUUGCUGGGUUGCUCAAAGACCCUGAGCUUGCUUUGGAUUCUCUUGCUGUUUGCAUGGCAAUUAAUGGACUAUUGUUCAUGGUGUCAGUCGGGUUCAAUGCAGCCGCAAGUGUCAGGGUGAGCAAUGAGCUAGGGGCUGGUAAUCCCAAAUCAGCAGCAUUCAGUGUUAUAAUCGUGAAUAUAGUUUCUUUCAUUAUUGCUGUAAUAGAAGCAAUUGUUGUGCUCUCACUACGCCAUGUCAUAAGCUAUGCCUUCACUAGCGGUGAAACCGUGGCUGAUGCAGUCUCAGAGCUCUGUCCAUACUUGGCUGUCACUCUCAUUCUCAAUGGAGUUCAACCAGUCUUGUCCGGGGUGGCUGUUGGAUGUGGAUGGCAAGCAUUUGUGGCAUAUGUAAAUGUGGGAUGUUACUACGUGGUUGGAAUACCUUUGGGUUGCGUUCUCGGCUUUAAGUUCGACCUUGGCGCUAAGGGAAUAUGGACAGGGAUGAUAGGAGGAACUGUGAUGCAGACCUUCAUUUUAAUUUGGGCAACAUUUCGCACGGACUGGAAUAAGGAGGUGGAGAUUGCUAAGAAACGAUUGGAAAAAUGGGACGACACAAAGGAGCCUCUGCUGAAGAGCUAAAGAGCUUGCCGACAUUGAUUCACGAGUAUCAAAAUUUUGGGCCUGGGCUGUAGGAGAUGGACUUGCAACAAUCAAUCAUAAACAGGAUUUGACUCAUCGAUCAGCUACCAAAAAUCUCUGGCUAGUUAACAAGCCUGCCCAUCAUUCUUGGACCAUAGAAGGAAUUGAGUUGUGGUGUGCUUUACCGGGAAUUAGCCAAUAAUGUGGCCCAUUUUUCGUUCUUUUUUGGCAUCAAUUUGCUCAGUGUGCUUUAAACUUCAUUGAUCUACAUAUUCUCCCAGCCUUUACAGCUGGACUAGUCGAAAUUCAUCCUAAUAAUUUAUCAUGAGUCAAAUCUAUAAAAUUGAUGUAGUCCAGAGGCUCACAGUUUACUUAA